UGGUGAUAUCUCUACUCAUUAAUCUGGGAAGUCCCAUAAAAGAAGUCCGAAGGGCUGCCAUUCAGUGUCUCCAGACCCUCAGCAAAAUAGUGUCUCCGUUUCAGUUGGUAAUAGAUCAUUUGGUUUCCAAAGCAGAGGAGAUCACCUCAGAUGCCACCUACGUUGUUCAGGAUUUGGCUACUUUAUUUGAGGACCUGCAGAGAGAAAAGAAACUAAAAUCUUUUCAGAAGUUGUCUGAAACUUUGAAAAACCUACUUAAUUGUGUAUAUAGUUGCCCAUCUUAUAUUGCAAAAGAUUUGAUGAAAGUACUUCAGGAAGUCAACAGUGAGAUGGUGCUUUCUCAGCUGUUGCCUAUGAUUGAGCAACUACUAGAAAAGAUUGAGAAGAAGACCCCUGCUGUCCUGAAAGAUGAGGCCGUUGUUCUGCAUCACGCUCUGGGAAAAUAUAAUGAAUAUUCAGUGUCCCUUUUACAUAAGGACCCAAAGAGUCUAGAUAUAUUUAUAAAAGCUGUGCACACAACAAAGGAACUUUACACAGGAAUGCCAACCAUUCAGAUCACAGCCCUUGAAAAGAUUACAAAACCAUUUUUCGCAGCUAUAUCAGAUGAAAAAGUUCAGCAGAAGUUUUUGCAGAUGUUGUUUGAUUUAUUGGUGAACUGUAAAAACUCACAUUGUGCUCAGACUGUGAGUAGUAUUUUUAAAGCGAUUUCUGUUAACGCGGAACAAAUCAGAAUAGAACUGGAGCCACCAGAUAAAGCUAAAUCCUUGGGCACAAUUCAGCAAACAAGAAGGCAAAAAAUGCAGCAGAAAAAAUCACAAGAUCUGGAAUCCGUUCAGGAAGUUGGAGGUUCCUACUGGCAAAGAGUAACCCUCAUCCUGGAAUUACUGCAGCACAAAAAGAAACUCAAAAGUCCUCAGAUAUUGAUGCCAACCCUUUUUAACUUGCUAUCAAGGUGUUUAGAACCUUUGCCACCAGAGCAGGGAAAUAUGGAAUACACCAAACAAUUAAUUCUUGGUUGUCUGCUCAACAUCUGCCAAAAACUCUCUCCGGAUGGUGGCAGAAUACCCAAAGAUGUUGUAGAUGAGGAGAAGUUCAACGUGGAGUUAAUAGUUCAGUGCAUCCGCCUUUCAGAGAUGCCUCAAACCCAUCACCAUGCCCUUUUGCUUUUGGGCACCAUUGCUGGAAUAUUUCCGGAUAAAGUUUUACACAAUAUCAUGUCUAUUUUUACAUUUAUGGGAGCCAAUGUCAUGCGCCUUGACGAUGCUUAUAGUUUUCAAGUUAUUAACAAGACAGUGAAAAUGGUUAUUCCGGCACUUAUUCAGUCUGAUAGCGGAGACUCCAGAGAAGUCACAAGAAACAUUGAAGAAAUUGUGGUGAAAAUCAUUAAUGUGUUUGUGGAUGCACUGCCACAUGUUCCAGAGCACAGGCGCCUGCCCAUCCUUGUUCAACUCAUUGAUACACUAGGUGCAGAAAAAUUCCUCUGGGUUCUCCUCGUCCUGCUCUUUGAACAGUAUGUCACAAAAACAGUGCUGGUGGCUGCCUAUGGAGAAAAGGAUGCUAUUUUAGAGGCAGACACUGAAUUUUGGAUUUCAGUCUGUUGUGAAUUUAGUGUCCAGCAUCAGAUACAAAGCUUGAUGAAUAUCCUCCAGUACUUAAUAAAGCUGCCAGAGGAAAAAGAAGAAACCAUUCCCAAAGCAGUAUCUAAUAAGAGUGAGUCACAAGAAGAAAUGCUACAGAUUUUUAACGUAGACACUCACACUAGCAAGCAACUGCGGCAUUUUAAAUUUUUGUCAGUGUCCUUUAUGUCUCAGCUCCUGGCUUCUAAUAGUUUUCUCAAAAAGGUACUUGAAAGUGGUGGUCCUCAGAUUUUAAAGGGCCUUGAAGAGAGGUUGCUAGAAACUGUUCUUGGAUAUAUUAACACUAUAGCACAGUCCGUGGAAAAAAACGCAGACAAACUAACUGUGAAGUUUUGGCGAGCACUCCUUAGUAAAGCUUACGACAUGUUAGAUAAGGUCAAUGCCUUGCUGCCCAUAGAAACAUUCAUUUCUGUGAUUAGAGGACUGGUGGGCAAUCCCCUACCAUCCGUUCGCCGGAAAGCGUUGGAUCUUUUGAAUAACAAGCUCCAGCAGAACACAUCCUGGAAGAAGAAAAUAAUUCACCGUUUCCUGAAACUGGUUCCAGACCUUGUGGCCAUUGUGCAGCGUAAGAAAAAGGAGGGGGAAGAAGAACAAGCAAUAAACAGACAGACAGCUUUAUAUACUCUCAAACUUUUAUGCAAGAAUUUUGGUGCAGAAAAUCCAGAGCCUUUUGUCCCAGUGUUGGACACUGCAGUGAAACUGAUUGCUCCAGAAAGGAAGGAGGAGAAGAAUGUCUUGGGAAGUGCCCUGCUUUGCAUAGCAGAGGUGGCCUCCACCCUGGAAGCGCUGGCCAUCCCCCAGCUUCCCAGCCUGAUGCCUUCGUUACUGACAACAAUGAAGAACACUGGCGACCUGGUCUCUAGCGAGGUCUACCUGCUCAGUGCCUUGGCCGCCCUGCAGAAGGUUGUCGAGACUCUCCCACACUUUAUCAGCCCCUACCUGGAAGGUGUUCUGUCCCAGGUGAUUCAUCUGGAGAAAAUUACUAGUGAGAUGGGUCCCGCCUCACAGGCUAAUAUUCGUCUCACGUCUCUUAAAAAGACAUUGGCUACCACACUCGUACCCCGAGUCUUACUGCCAGCCAUCAACAAAACUUACAAGCAGAUUAAGAAGAACUGGAAGAAUCACAUGGGUCCCUUUAUGAGCAUCUUGCAAGAGCACAUUGGGGUGAUGAAGAAGGAAGAGCUCACCUCCCACCAGGCUCAACUAACCACGUUUUUCUUGGAGGCCCUGGACUUCCGAGCACAGCACUCUGAGAAUGAUCUGGAGGAAACUGGAAAAACAGAAAGUUGUAUCAUUGACUGUCUAGUCGCCAUGGUAGUAAAGCUUUCUGAGGUCACAUUCAGACCCUUGUUCUUCAAGCUGUUUGAUUGGGCUAAAACAGAAGAUGCCCCAAAGGACAGACUGUUGACAUUCUACAACUUGGCAGAUCGCAUUGCUGAAAAACUGAAAGGGCUUUUUACUCUGUUUGCUGGCCACUUGGUGAAGCCUUUUGCUGACACCUUGAACCAGUUGAACAUCUCCAAAACAGAUGAAGCAUUUUUUGACUCUGAAAAUGACCCUGAAAAGUGCUGCUUGCUGUUGCAGUUUAUUUUGAACUGUUUAUAUAAAAUCUUCCUUUUUGAUACCCAGCAUUUUGUAAGUAAGGAGAGAGCAGAAGCCUUGAUGAUGCCUCUGGUGGAUCAGCUGGAAAACAGGCUUGGAGGAGAAGAGAAGUUCCAGGAACGGGUGACGAAGCACCUGAUUCCGUGCAUCGCACAGUUUUCAGUGGCCAUGGCAGAUGACUCUCUCUGGAAACCGCUCAACUACCAGAUUCUGCUAAAGAUGAGGGACUCCUCACCUAAGGUUCGAUUUGCUGCUUUGAUUACUGUAUUAGCACUGGCUGAAAAACUAAAGGAGAAUUAUAUUGUCUUGCUACCAGAAUCUAUUCCUUUCUUAGCAGAAUUGAUGGAAGAUGAAUGUGAAGAAGUAGAACAUCCAUCCCUAGAAACUAUUUAGUCACUGGAAGCUAUACUGGGGGAGCCACUCCAGAGCUACUUCUGAAACUUUUUGAUCUUUUGUACUCUGCCAGAGUUCAGAUUUAUUUUUCAUAUUUUUACUUUUGGGUGUUUGGUGCCAUGUUACUUUUGGUGCCUUAUCGCCUACUUGGACUACUUAUACAUAUUUUAUCACUUUACAAAAUUCCCACCUGGUUUGUGCUACCACAUAAGCCUCUCCUGCCAGUUGUAUAGUUGCAAAAACAGUAAAUGAUACAUGGUGUUUUUAUACAGA